AUGGAUAUGUCAGGAAUGAGUAUGAGCAUGAGCGGGAUGGGGAUGGGUACUGGCAUGUUCCAGACCGAGAACAUGGGCCUCGCACAAGCGUACUGGUAUCUCAUCGCAGGUGUACUGGGUCUGUUCGUAGCAGUGCGCGCUGGCAGCUUCUUGCAGAGACGGACGAGGCUGCAAAGGUGCUCUUCAUCCUCAGUUCAGUUCCCUACGAAGCCAUCGGGCCCAAUAUCACAAGCCUGGGCGACCGCAACUGCUAUUGGCCGUGAGGCCAGCUAUUCUCAGAUUUAUGUGCCCACUCGAUAUCUUUCCUGGAUGACGCCACCGCCCAUGGGCCGGGUCUUGGUUCUUCUAGUUUACUGGGCCGUGGUUGUGUAUAUGGCAACAGCUGGGGCUAUCGUCAAGGACGCCUACUUUUGGGAACGGAUUGGAUUUCGCAACGCUUGGGUAACCGUCACUCAAAUUCCUUUCCUCUAUCUACUGGCCUCUAAAAGCAGUAUCCUGGGCGUUAUUGCUGGAAGCAGCUACGAGAGGCUCAACUGGCUGCACCGAUGGGUUGCUCGCACCAUGUUUGUCACUGCGACUAUACAUGGCUUCCACUUCUGGUCCGAGUAUCAGCAGGCGGGGAUCGUGACCUACAUGAUCCAAAUGAUGCCUAUGAUCAAAUACGGCUUUGCGGCGUGGGGUCUGUUGCUAUGGGCAAACGUCUCGGGCUUGUCGCCGCUUCGCCAUUUGAACUACGAAUUGUUCAUUGCGCAGCAUAUGCUGACGUGGAUCCUUUUUCUAUACGUCAUCUACGUCCAUAUACCGGCCUAUGCGCAGUACAACGUGUGGUUCGCGAUUGCUGCUCUGUGCUUCGACCGCUUCUAUCGGACUGUCCUGCUUGUGUGGCAGAAUGUUAAAUUUCGGCCUAACAGGUCUCAAUGCAAAGGCGGGCAACGAAUUGGCCAUCAGGCACAGCUUCGCGCUGUGGGCGAGGACAUUACUGUGGUCACCAUCAAAGACGUUCACUUUUCUUGGCGCGCAGGCCAGCAUUUGUAUCUGUGGAUGCCAAAGAUUGGAAUCUCGGAUCACCACCCAUACACCAUUGCCUCCGCGCACACGCUUCCAGGCACAUGUAUUUGCAACAGCGUACAGCUCGUUGUGCGGAAGCACAAGGGUUUCUCGCGAAGACUUCACAAUCACGCAAAGAAGAUGCAAGCUUCAGGGACCAAGGAGAGUUUGACAGCCUUCGUGACCGGCCCAUACGGUCUGCCGCCCCGUUGGGACAUAUACGAGACCCUCGUCCUCAUCUCAGCAUCAACCGGUGCGAGCUUUACUCUUCCAAUUCUGGAGAGCGUUCUACUCUCCAACGAAAAGUCACUCUGCACGCGGCGUAUAGACUUUCUACUUGCAUCCAAGAAAGGUGACGAAAUCGACUAUUACAUUCAACGGCUGCACGAGAUGAUCGAUAAGGCAACGGAAGUGGGCAUCGAGUUGAGAGUACACAUCCACGUAACGCGGGGACCGCCGGUUCCAACCUUGGUGAAUAGGACUGGUACCGGUGACACUAUGGCAGGUGCGAUCUCUUCAUCGUCAGCAGUCCCCUCGCCGUCAAACCGCGGGAGCCUCAAGUCGGAAAUGGGAUCCGUGGACAUCGAGAAACGCGCUGCUCAAGGCGGCAGGCCCAGCAGCACGGCGAGCAGCGACUCCCACGUUCACCAGUCGUCCUCGAGGCCAAACAUCGAGGCUUUCAUCAGAGACCCUGUCGAGGCCACGGGAGGGGAGACGUCGGUGGUGGUGUGUGGAGGGAAAUCCCUGGUUGCUAGGGCGAGGAAUUGUGUUGCGAGCCUGAGUGACGAGCGUGCUGUGCACAAGGGCACCGGAGCGCAGGGCAUCCAUCUUCACGUUGAAGAAUAUUGUUUCUGA